AUGCCACAUUCCCUACCCUCGUCACCAAAGUCGAUGCCGCGAGAGGGAGGUAAUGGCAUCACAAAAUUUACCAACUGCCGCAUCCUGAAGGGUGACCAGCUUGUCGAGGAAGAUCUCUGGGUGGAUUUCAUCACUGGCAAGGUCAUCCGAAGCCAGGCUGCUUUCUAUGAUGACUUGAACUUGCCUGACCAGACUAUCAAUCUUGGAGGUCGCAUACUGUCACCUGGCUUCAUCGAGUGCCAACUGAACGGGGCAUUCGGGUUCAACUUUUCAACGCUGCUAGAACCUACUGUCUAUGCCAAGAAGGUAAAAGAGUUGAACAAACGCCUAGUCCAGACUGGCGUCACAAGCUAUAUUCCGACCAUCACCAGCCAGACGGGUGACCUAUACAAGACAGCUCUGCCUCACUUGGGACCUUCAGGUCCAACCCAAGUCGCAGAGGAUGGGGCAGAAUCGCUUGGUGCACAUGUUGAAGGACCCUUUCUGAACCCGACCAAGAACGGCAUACAUAACGCGGACGUGCUCCUGCAGGCCGAGGGCUUCAACGACCUGGAGGAUUGCUACGGCUCCUCCAACAUCAACCCGGGCAAAAACGGGAGCAGACCGGCCAUCAAGAUGAUAACGGCCGCGCCCGAGCUCGGCAACAUGACGGCGCUGAUUCCACAGUUGACGCGUCGAGGCAUCACCUACUCCAUAGGACACUCGGAGGCGACGUACGAAGAGGCCUCGGCGGCCGUCGCCGCCGGCGCAACGAUGAUCACACACCUCUUCAAUGCCAUGCGGCCACUGCACCACCGCAACCCCGGCAUCUUUGGCGUUCUCGGCACCGAGGAGAGCUUGCCGCGCCCCUAUUUUGGCAUUAUCGCCGACGGGGAGCACCUGCACCCCACGACGAUCAAGAUCGCUUUCAACGCACACCCGGAUGGCUUCAUCCUCGUCACUGACGCCAUGCACAUGGUCGGGCUCCCGGACGGCGCAUACCAAUGGACAAAUGGCGACUGCACAAACCGUAUCGUCAAGAAGGGUCCAAAGUUGCUUCUUGAGGGCUCGGAUCGGAUCGCUGGCAGUUCGAUAACGCUCGUUGAAUGCGUGAACAACUUCCUCAACUGGACGGGAGCAAGCAUACCGCAGGCGCUGAAGUCCGUGACUUCCACACCGGCGGCCAUGCUGGGCCUGCAGGGGCAGAAGGGUUGCCUGGAAGAUGGAGCCGACGCCGAUCUGAUCGUAUUUUCCGAGAGUCAGAGUGGCGGGCAUGUGGAGUUGGUGGUUGAUGAAGUCUGGAAGUUUGGGUCAAAAGUGUUCGACCGUACUGCUUCCGCGUAA